GUCCGUGUAGGUCGCAUGCAAGCUGGGCGACACUGCGUGCCGGGCGUCCUCCUUCCUCUGCUCCUUCCGAUCCCCCUCCCGGCGUGGAGGUAUAGCGUCCGCCAUCUCCCCCGGCCGACCGGAUCCCUCACCCCUCUAGGUACGUAGCUAGCUAGGCCAGGUUAUCGUCGAUUCGAUAGAUUCAAUAAGCAAAGGCGAUCAACAACACAAUUAAUGGGGGGCGGCGGCGGCGGCAACUCGCGGGAGCUGGACCAGACGCCGACAUGGGCGGUGGCGUCGGUGUGCGGCGUGAUCGUGCUCAUCUCCAUCCUGCUGGAGAAAGGGCUCCACCACGUGGGCGAGUUCUUCUCCCACCGCAAGAAGAAGGCCAUGGUGGAGGCCCUGGAGAAGGUGAAGGCGGAGCUCAUGGUGCUGGGCUUCAUCUCCCUCCUCCUCGUGUUCGGCCAGAACUACAUCGUCAAGGUGUGCAUCAGCAACCACGCCGCCAACACUAUGCUCCCCUGCAAGCUCAAGGAGGCCGCCGUCCCUGGCAAGAAGAAGGCCGCCGCAGCAGCAGAGCAUCUCGGGGGCGUGCUGGACUGGCCGCCGCCCUACUACGCGCACAACGGCAGGAUGCUGGCGGAGGCGAGCAUGGCGACCAAGUGCCCCGAGGGGAAGGUGUCGCUCAUCUCCAUCAACGCCUUGCACCAGCUGCACAUCUUCAUCUUCUUCCUCGCCGUCUUCCACGUCUCCUACAGCGCCAUCACCAUGGCGCUCGGCAGGGCCAAGAUACGCGCGUGGAAGGAGUGGGAGAAGGAAGCAGCAGGGCAGGACUACGAGUUCUCUAACGACCCUACGCGGUUCAGGUUCACCCACGAGACUUCGUUUGUGAGGCAGCAUAUGAAUGUGCUCAACAAGUUCCCAGCAUCCUUCUACAUCAGCAACUUCUUCCGGCAGUUCUUCAGGUCCGUCAGGCGGGCAGACUACUGCGCGCUGCGCCACAGCUUUGUCAACGUCCAUCUGGCCCCUGGCACCAAGUUUGAUUUCCAAAAGUACAUCAAGCGGUCUCUGGAGGACGACUUCAAGGUGAUCGUGGGGAUCAGCCCUCCUUUGUGGGCUUCUGCUCUCAUCUUCCUAUUCCUCAAUGUCAAUGGAUGGCACACCAUGCUCUGGAUCUCCAUCAUGCCGGUGGUGAUCAUCCUGUCCGUGGGGACGAAGCUGCAGGGCAUCAUCUGCCGCAUGGCGAUCGACAUCACGGAGCGGCACGCCGUGAUCCAGGGCAUCCCGCUGGUGCAGGUCAGCGACUCCUACUUCUGGUUCGCACGCCCAACCUUCGUGCUCUUCCUCAUCCACUUCACCCUCUUCCAGAAUGGCUUCCAGAUCAUCUACUUCCUCUGGAUUCUGUAUGAGUACGGGAUGGACUCGUGCUUCAACGACUCCGAAGAAUUCGUCUUUGCACGUCUCUGCCUUGGGGUGGUUGUUCAGGUGCUGUGCAGCUACGUGACGCUCCCUCUGUACGCGCUCGUCUCCCAGAUGGGCUCCACCAUGAAGCAGUCCAUCUUCGACGAGCAGACCUCCAAGGCGCUCAAGAACUGGCGCGCCGGCGCCAAGAAGAAGGCCCCCACCGGCUCCAAGCACGGCGGCGGCUCCCCAACCGCCGCCGGCAGCCCCACCAAGGCCGACGGCGACGCGUAGGCGUAGCUAGCAGAGGGUCAUCGAUCGAUUGAUCGAUCGAUCCAGCUGUUCGUUCUACAUAUAACCUGUUACUUAUUUGUAUGUAAUUGUACCAAUAGCAAUCGACACGCGUGCGCCGCAUGCAAUGUACCAUGAAACUGCUGAUAGCUAGAGAGCGACAUUUUUCUUGUUUGGUUCGU